CACAACCCAAGAACACUCACAAGUAUACGCUAUACGUAAAAAAAAUGGAAGUGAACAAAACAUUUAUGGUUAUGGUAAUUACGUUUUUGUUACUUGGUUUGGCUACCACAAUGGCGCAUGGCCAAGGAACCAAAGUAGGGUUUUACUCAAAAACCUGCCCUAAGGCCGAGUCUAUCAUCAGCUCAACAGUUCAGACUCAUUUCAAAUCAAACCCUCGCAUUGCCCCGGGCAUCCUUAGGAUGCACUUCCACGACUGCUUCGUCCGUGGUUGCGACGGUUCUAUCCUCAUCGCAGGCUCGAGCACCGAGAAGACUGCCGCACCCAACAGCGGCAUACCGGGCUACAACGUCAUCGACGACGCCAAGAAGCAGCUCGAGGCUGCGUGCCCCGGUGUCGUUUCUUGUGCUGAUAUUCUUGCACUGGCUGCACGCGACUCUGUCGUUGUCACUAAAGGGAUUAGUUGGCAAGUUCCGACUGGGCGUAGAGAUGGACGAGUUUCAAUUGCGUCGGACACUAACAAUUUGCCUGGCCCUAGUGAAUCAAUUGCUUCUCAAACAAGCAAGUUUAAAGCCAAGGGUCUCAACACUCAAGACCUCGUCACUCUAGUCGGUGGCCAUACCAUCGGAACAGCAGCAUGUCGGUUCGUGACUGGCAGACUGUACAACGUGAAUUCAAGCAGUGGUGCUGACCCAUCUAUCGACCCAACCUUUCUCCCUCAACUCCGAGCUCUGUGCCCCCGAAACGGCGACGCUUCGAAGCGUAUCGAUCUUGACACAGGAAGCGGUUCCCAUUUCGACAUCAGUUACUUCAUCAACUUGAGCAAGGGUCGAGGAAUUCUCGCAUCGGAUCAGUUGCUGUGGACCGAUGCCUCCACCAAGGGCUUUGUCCAACGCUACUUGAAGAGCUUGAGCACCUUCAACUCUGAGUUUGCCAAGGCCAUGGUCAAGAUGAGCAAGAUUGGCGUCUUGACUGGUACUCAGGGUGAAAUUCGUAAAGUUUGUACUGCUAUUAACUAAGUUAAAAUAUAUCUUUAUCCACCAAACAUGUUAUUAAUUAAUUAUAUAUAUAUAUAAAGUCAAACCUGUAUUGUCAUUUUCUGUAAUAAUGUGGGAUGAGAUCGAUGGAAACAUUAAGAAAGUGUUUCUCUAAUGGUUACCUGAUAAAAGUGCCACGAACAAUCGUGUUCCUUGUUUAAGUUGUAUACUUGAAAGGAGAAAGAAUAUUUAAUAAAUUGUAUGUGCCCUUAUUAUAGUAGUAUUUUUAACUUUA